AUGCAGUCUGUUGUGACUUUUGAGAAGCCGUUACCGCAUCUAAGUUUAGCGGAUUGGGACGCCAGGCUUUUUGGUUUACGGGUAACUUCUGACACCAGAAGGGCGGACGCUUUUGAUCUACGUUAUAGUGCGUAUCAGCUUCGCAAUGAAACUCGCAUCAAAACUGAGUGGGACGGCUAUCAUAACAACAACCGUCUUAGAUCCAGAGUCUACGAAAUCGAGCAAUGGAGGUCCACACUUCAGGAACUCAUGGAUCUACUGGACCGCGAAAUGACAAGCUUGAAGGAUGAAAAAGCCUCCACCGAAAGAGAAUUGGAACAACUAAACUUACCUCUACUUGUGACUUCGGAAUGUCUGUCGAACAGAGAUGGUAGGAGAAGCACUGAGUUAACUUAUGAUCUUGCUGAUACUGAAUUAAAGAAGGAACUCUGCGUAACUGAAAGUAACAAGAAACUUUUGAUUGACCGAUGUCAAUCCGCUUGGGAGAAGAUAAACAAAUUAGAAGUCGUAAAAUUUAAGCUCCAACUGGACUUAAAUGAUAAAAAUGAAGCCCUCCAAAUUGAUAAAGAUAUGCUUAACUUGAGUAAAGAGAGCGCCAAUAUAACGUAUAAAACGGAUUCCUUGAAGACUCCCGCUAGGAUGUUGACGUACCAACAAUGGCUGGAGAAAUGCGAGGCAACCAAAAAUAUGGCGGUGUCAGAACUUCAAGAUACGCUUCGUCUUCGCGAGUCCCUGUUCGUAGCUAGGGGUCGCGCUAGAAACGCGCUUAGGGCUCAGACUGACGUCACGAAUUAUAUGCUACGUAGACGCAUCUACGAAACACAGCGAGCCAGAAAUGAAUUGCAAUGGCAGAAGAUGAAGAUGGCAGAAAAUAUGGACAAGUUAGCAACUGAACUGAAAACUAUGGGUGAACAGUUUGCGGACAAAAUAAAUUCGUUGAAAGUAGCUGAAACUCGGUUGGAAACAAGAGGAUAUCGGCCAGGAAAUGAACUGGCUGCCGACGAAGCAGAUAUAGGGCUAAAGGAAGAAGUCCGAAGCUUGAGAGAGACGAUACGCCAGUUGCAAGAGAAAUUAGAUUGCGCAAAAGCUACUUAUAACGCCCUUGAAGCUACAUCCAUCAAAAUAGAGAUUGAUCUGAACGACAAGAACCAAUCAUUAGAAACCGAUACCUGUGCAUUGGAAAUGAGGGAAGCCCUAGAACCUAAGAAGGCUGAUGGAACUGACAAGAAUCUUAUACUUGCGAACAUUAGUAACGAAGUGCCGAAACCGGCAUAA